CUUUUCUCCAUUCACAGCAAUAAAACUGCGGUAUCUUGUUAAAACCCACAUUCUUUGCUUUUAAACACCCAUAUGCUUGUUUUUACCAUGUCGCCAUCUAGUGUUUAAGUUGUUACUACAAACGUUACGCAUCUGUGUCUUCGCUGCCAUUGGUCGGUUCGCUAAUGCAUAAGUAAGCGCAUUUGUCAUAACCGGUUUCAGAAAUAUCUUGAGUCACGGUGACGUACCGGUCAAUAACCUUGUUUUAUGUGAGUCUUUACAUAAUUUAAACGAACGUGAGUUUAUUCUGUCUGCGUCUGUAUGAUGUUGUGAUGCUGUGAAUGUGAGCACGCAAAAGUCAAGUUGUCAGCAGAGCGAGAAACUCAAGCUAAGCUUAACUUUGUUAGCUAUUGCGUUGUUUCUCUACGGUUUCGUCUGUAAACACAAGUUUGUCUAAACUAAGCCUUAGCGAUGGCCGAUGGCAGCUCUUAUAACGUGAAAUUGUAUGUUUACGACAUGUCAAAAGGAAUGGCCCGUCAGCUGAGUCCUAUGAUGCUCGGAAAGCAACUGGAGGGAAUAUGGCAUACCUCUAUAGUGGCUUACGGGGAAGAGUUUUUCUUUGGAGGUGUGGGCAUUUCAAGUUGUCCUCCGGGAGGCACACUUCUAGGUAUGCCUGACUCUAUUGUGGAUCUUGGAAACACAGAAGUUCCCCGAGAGCUCUUUCUGGAGUAUCUGUCUUCUCUUAGUGACUCUUAUAGUCCUGACAAAUACCACAUUUUCGAACACAACUGUAACAAUUUCAGUUGUGAGGUGGCACAGUUUAUAACUGGAGCGAAGAUUCCCUCAUACAUCACUGACCUCCCAUCUGAGGUGCUCUCUACACCUUUUGGCCAAGCACUCCGUCCUUUUCUAGACUCCAUUACCAUCACCCCACCUGGAAGCAAUAGCAUGAAUGGAUUUGGCCAGAGGUAGACAUCGCUGUAUUUUAAGAGUGUAUUUCUAAAGCAUUCAUGAACAUUGUGUAUCACCCCAGUAAGAAAACUUACUUACGGCUUAAAACUUUGUGCCUUUCCCCGAAAACAGUGGAAUCAGAAAUGAUACGUGCAGGUCUGCCUGCUAAAAGGGUGAUAAAAGUUUUGCUCAUGUAGACAGAUAUAUUUACUACACUGUUAGUCAUUUUACUGUUACAAUGUUACUACUAAAGUUAACUUUCCUCUGGACCAAAUCACUGAUAAACAACUAAACAUUACUAAUAAUAUCCUUGUGAGUGGUAACCAAAUCUUAUAAAAUAUCAUAAACUAUUAAAUAGUUUUUUCUUAUGCUCAUCUAUUGAAACAAACCACUUUUUAAAGGGGACAUUUCAUGAAAAUUUUACUUUUUCCAUGUUUAAGUGCUAUAAUUGAGUCCCUAGUGCUUCUAUUAACCUAGAAAAUGUGAUAAAGAACAACCCAAUAACUUAGUUUUGGUAAACCAUUCUCUGCAAGCAUGUGAAAAAAUAGGUCAUUGAAAUUUGGCUACCUUUGUGAUGUCAGGAGGAGAUAAUACCGCCCCUUAAUCUGCACCAUCCAACCAUGGCACUGCCAUUUAGUGCAGAGAUCAACUCAUUUGUAUUUAAAAGGACACACCCAAAACGGCCAUUUUUGCUCACACAUACAAAAUGGCAAUUUUAACAUGUUAUAAUAAAUUAUCUAUAUGGUAUUUUGAGCUUAAACUUCACAUAUGUACUCUGAGGACACGAAAGAUUUAUUUGACACCUAAAAAAGUCUUGUUAAAGGUGCAGUGUGCAAGUUUUAGCAGCAUCUAGUGGUGAGGUUGCGAAUUGCAACCAACGGCUUAGUCCACGGCUCACCCCUCGCUUUUGAAACACAUAGAGAAGCUACGGUAGCCACCACCGGAAAAACAUGUCAUCGUCUGAGACAAC